CCGGGUCUGCAGCGAGUGCCGUAGCUGAGCGCUUUGGCUGUGCAGCCACAGCCUCCCGUCCCUGCCCGUGCCUCUGCUGCCGGCAGCUUUCGCUUUGGCGGGGCAAAGUCUCGGCCGCUCGGGACAUGGAGGGACGAGCGUUCCCUCCCGGCCCCGCCCGCGGCGGCCGAGGGACCCGGGGCAGGGGCCGGAGCCGGAGCCGGGCUGCGGAGCGGCUCCCCCGGGUCCCCCAUCCCGGGCCGGCCCCGACCCCGCGCCCCUCCGGGCCCGGCCCGGCGGGCGGGGAGGAGCGGCUGCUCCAGGCCCUGGGGGGGCUGAGCCUGGGACCCCCAUCCCGGGCCGGCGGCAGGCUGGUGCUGCUGCGGGGGCUGCCGGGCGCCGGCAAGAGCACCCUGGCCAGAGAACUGAAACGUGACCACCCUGGUGCUGUAGUCCUUAGCACCGAUGACUUUUUUGUUGAAAAUGGUGUCUACAGCUUUGAGCCUGACUUCCUAGAGGAUGCACACAAGUGGAACCAAAAAAGAGCACGCAAAGCAAUGAAGAAUGGGAAAAGCCCAGUUAUUAUUGAUAAUACCAACAUUCAUGCUUGGGAAAUGAAGCCGUAUGUGAUGAUGGCACAUGAAAAUAGAUACCAAGUUACAUUCCAAGAACCAGACACACCCUGGAAGUUCAAUGUUCAAGAAUUGACAAGAAGAAAUAUUCAUCAUGUCCCCAGGGAAAAGAUACAGCGGAUGAAAGAACAAUACGAGCACAAUGUUACCUUCCACAGUGUUCUCCGGUCUGAAAAACCAGGCAGGGACGAAGGAAGCUACAGUGGAGCAGCUCAUGGCACCCACCUUUCUGCCUUGCCAAGGAGGAGACCUGGCACAGCACGUACAAAUGUGACAUUUAACUGAAGAUGUGCAUUCCUUGGUGUUUUAAUUAUCAGGGUACAAGAGGCUCUAGUUUUACCUUUUUUUCUAAACUGUUUUUUAUUCUUGUGCUUUUCUACUACAUUUUUAAAUUACUUUUAUUUCUUACAUACUUUUAAAUAGCAUUGGACUGUGAUCUCACAGCUCUACAGGACUACUGUAAGAGCACUGCACCCAGCACGAAUGUAUUCCCUCUCAUCCCUCUUCCUCCAGGAAAAUCCAUUCAGGCAUGUUUGAAAUGCACUAGCUCUACCACAGUGCCAUUUUUUUGGUGUUUUUUCUGCAUCAUAGUCUGAUGCUAGAAAUAAACAUUCCUAACUUAUUUCUGUCUUAAGGCUAUUGUGGCCAAUUCUUUCCCCACACAAUUGGCAUUUCUUGCCAUUUUUAUGCUUUAUAUCUGACUGUAUAAACUUUUUGUAUCUACUGUCUUACAUACACCAUUAUUGUAACUUUCAGAGGCAAAGUGAAUGAUGGCAAAAGUAGCUCAACAGAUUGUAGCAAGAUCUGAUGCUGUUCCCUUUUCACUGACUGGACUCAUGCUUGUCUUACCUCACACACAGCUUCUCCAGCCAGGAAAGCAAAACAUUUUAACAAAGCAAACUUUGCUCUUCAUCUCUCCGAGACAUAGGAGCUCACUGAUCCCAAGAUGGAGAGGCUACAAAAAUAAAUGUUAAUGUUAGGCUUGUGCCUGUUAACUCUUAAGUGGGAACAGGGCAACAGGAGCAGCUCUGAACAGCUGAAGCAGAAACACAGACCAAGGAACUAUUGAGUAAUAACUGCACUGCCUUUUGCUCUGAAUCAAAUAAUCAUAGCUGCUCUUUAAAGCUCUUUUAGUGCUAUAUGCAAGUCAAUACCUGUGCCAGAAUAGCAGAGCAACAUUUUGGAAUGAAAGUGGUUUUUGGUGAAAAUAAAGAGAACUUUUUAUUAUGCUCUGUGCCACUUUGGACAGCCAAACACCUAUUCUGAUGUUGCAGAAGGUUAACAAAACUGAUGGCUUUAGACUGAAACAAAGAUCUUGCUGUCAUAUAAGAACACAGAAUCACUGGCUUACAAAAUGUCAUCAAACCCUCAGCCAUGCUGAUGCUAUUGUAUAAUACAUCUAUCUUUUUGAGAAGUGUUUACAUACUAAACUUCAAACUAUUUUGCAAAUGAAUUGGUAUUUAAUGAGUCUUUGUAAUAGAACUUUAUUAAAUACAAUCGAGUUUUAAUG